AUGUCCCUUCAAGGCCUUGGAUUGAUAUCACCUUUUUUACAGCAACCUUCAUAUCAAUCCAAAUUUGAAAUUUCCAACAUCUCUCCAAUGGCAUGUGCCACUCUCAAAUACGGCGAGCGACAAGCCGGUGGCCGAUUACUGCAGCAAUGGAUGGAACGCCCAGAAUCUGACCCGUCUGUGCCAGAAUGUCCAAGCCACCCUUCUAAGCUGCGACUCGAAGACCUCAAGAAAAGCAAGGCACUCACAAUAGAUACGGACAUGUUUCCUUAUGUUCCAGUCCAGAUUGAAGAAGAAUUUGCAGGACUUGGAAUAAUGGGACCAAGUGGUGGAGCAUGGACAAUGGUCUCUAUAGACGGGCCCGUUCCAACAGAUUCUGAACUUCAGAACCUUCAUGCCUGGGAAGGGCAAGUGGCGCCUCGGCUGUUGGUGGUCGAAGAAAUGCAGAGAAUACCCGAAUACUUCAUGUCAGAAGUCUGCCAGGCCGUUUACCAGGACCGCUUCGAGAUUGGAACCUUGAGGUAUGUCUAUAUGAUCGACGUUUGCAAUAGGGAUACUCUUUCCUUUGUGAAGGAGGAGCUCUAUACCGAGCCUAAUGGCCUCGUCUGGCCAGAUGACCAGAUACGCGAUUGGCAAGCUGGAACCCCGGAAUUUGAGGCGCUACUAGGGACACAGGUUGGACGGACUGUGGCACACUUGGUUCUGGGGGCCAUGGGAUGUGGAACUCGCCGGAUUUCACGAAUUAGGAGCUAUCAUAGCUUUGAAGGUCUGCAAUUGCAGUUUGCCAUAGAGGAGAUUGAGCAGAUUGUUCCGACUGUCGCCCCAUCAGCUCGUGUGACAAGGUCGAUGACUCGCCGUCAGCAAGUAGACGAGUCGAGGAAGCGCAAGGCGGAGGACGAAGAGACUGAAGCCAAGAAAAUUCGGAAGACAGCGUCAUGA